GGGAAGGCUCGCGCAAUCUUCAUCGAUGAUCUGACCGCUCAGGCUUCGACAGAGGAAGUGGAACGAGAGAGAUUUGAUGACGUUAAUGGCAAUGCAGUUCAGGAGUUCCGCACUACCUACCAUUGUCUGUUUUACUAGCAGAAAGACCCCUUCAUUCUUGCGAGUCUCGGCAGCUAGAACUUUUUCGACACAGUAAAACUGACGGCAUCGUUGCUAUCUUCUGUCUUGAAGCUCGUGAGUGGUAGUAGUUUGGCGGUGCACUUCAUCAUUUCUUCGAACCUAGUGAAAGUGAUGCUCUUUCGCAACAGGUAGUAGUUGCCCUCGGGAAUAAUUUAACACCACAAUAAUUUUACAUUCGGUCCAUCUAGAGGCCCCCAACCCAGGAGAGAUCGCACGAUGCAUCGCCUUCGUAGCAGUUGCAGCUUCGUGGUCGCUUGUGUCGUAGCAGCGACGUUCCCACUAUGCAGCCGCGGCCAGGAGUGGAAAGACAACUUGUUCGCGGCUUCCGACGCCCAGCUCUCCGACAUUCGGGAUAUGUAUCAAACAGGAAAACCCUACUCCCCCGACACGUGUCUGUACCGUGAACAAUAGGCGCUUGAUGUUUUGCAUGAUUCGUCACCACAAAUCAACUUGCGAAGAACAUUAACAUAUGGUGAAGCUUAGAAGGGAGAUUUCGAAACGGAAUAGAUUUCUUGCAGUGGUUCUCUACUAGGUCGUGUGACGCACCAUGCCGAAAGUAGAGAACAGGAAAAAUUGAUGCCCACGCAAUCUACGACAAGUAUUGUCCCGCUUCUUCGCUGGUAGCUUUGCCUUCUUGCAAUCAUGCAACUCGGUGGACUGGUGCACUACAAGAACAGAGCCACUCAACUCGGGCACUAUGAUUUUUUUUUGAGGUUGUACUUAUGGUGCGUAGGCCUAGGAGGGAUUUUCAUUUUUCCACCGGAUAGAACGCUGCUGGGCCACAGUGUGGAUGGGGAAAUUAAGGACUCGCUGAAAGAGGCCACCGCGCUGGUGCUGCAGCAGAAGGGCGCGGAGCUGGCCCACGCGGUAUCCAUGUACGUGGAGGACAUGAAAGAAUUGGAAUCGGUCCGGAAAUAUCGAAUGCAAAAAUGUCUGGGUCUGGAAUGUUGCCGGGUUUGUCAUGCAUAUUUUGCAUGACCCAGGAUGUCUGUAAUGCAUGACCUAGCAUGACAGAUUUUUAGAGGGCUUCCUGAUGCCUAAUCCGCAUGACAAAUGCCCUCCGCGCGUAGCACAAACUAGACUCCUCUUGCUGAUCAUGCAAUACAGAUUUUUUUAGAGGCCAGAGUUAGCAUCACAUUCCAGACCCAGACACUUUUGCAUUUGAUAGGAAAAACCUACUGCAGGCCUUGGGGAAGGAGCUUCCGGAGAAUUCCCCGCUGCAUGAGGCCGUGGACCAGUGGGCGGAGCUCGUACACGACGCGGUGCUGAAAAAGUACAAUGCGAACCCAGCGCGAGCGGGGUCCGGUAAUAAUUGAAUUUUGCAUAAUUGUUUUUUUCAAAUUCGAAUGGCAAGUAUGCGGGAAGUCGAUUUUGUGUAGUCCACCACGAAUGAAUGGGAUUGCACCACGUGAGAACAUCGUGCUCGUGGUGGUUUUUUUACCGCGGACAACCCGCAUAGUUGCAAUUUAAAAGGAGACGCAGGCACUACCAGUGUCACCUAUCACGGUUGCUCCUGAUUCACUACAUGCAUAAAGAAAAAGAUCUUCAUGCUGUUACUUAAUGCAGGACGACGAAUUAUAUCAACUGAGGAAUAGGAAAGCAGCGCGGCUGCAUUUGAGGAUGGAUCAUGUUUUCAUUUUCAUUUUCUCGCAUUGUUUCAACAGACGCUGUCCACCAGGCGGAAACCAGUGGCAACGUGUACCAGCUCCAAGCGAAAAACGCGGCCCAAAACAGCGAGGCGUUCAGCGGCGGAGGAGAGGAAGCCGCUAUCAAAGUGAAAACAAGUGCCCCUCUUCCAGAAGACCGAAGAGUUUGCGUCGCAAACGUUCCACAUGAAAGCUUUUUGUAUCGCAGAAAUACGAAUACAUAGGAAUACGACCUAUUUUGUUGCACAAUGUGACUCAGUUUUUGAACAUAACGCGACAGAUCUCGUGUGCAAUGCGGUGCUGUACAGUGCAGAUUCUUGGUAUAAUAAAGUCUGGCCCGAAAAUUUGACAUGCUGAUAGAUACACGGAUGCAAAUUAUGCAAAUGAGAUUCGACAUGGACGACACUAUCUGGGGCCGGGGCACUUUUCAAGACGAUAGCCACUGCGUCGGCGGUUGAGGUGAAGGGCGACUCAAGUACGAAAAUGGAUGGUCGUGACCGCACGACAGCAGCGGCUGUUCCUGCUGCUGGUGGAGAAAAAGCGGGAACCGCCUCUAUGCGCGAUGGUCAUAGCGCAGCGCCACCACCACCACCACCACCAGCUGCCUCCACUCCGCCUGUGGACGACGCGCAGCACUCCGCAGCAGGCGCGGCAUUGUCCUCUGAAAGAGGUGUGGUAGUUUCCGGGGCCGCUCUAGGGAAAGAACAAGAAGCGCCUGCUGAUGCUGCACGAGCUGGUGCAGUUUUGUCGACGACCGGCGGUGGAGGCAAGAGAGCAGCAUCCACGUCGACCUCAUUCACGGAAGAAGGAAGUGAGGCCCGACCACCGCAAGCGUCAAACGGCGCAGAACAGAACGCGGAGAACAAGUCCUACCUGGCUUCCGCGCUGUCGUUUCUGCAGGAACAAGUUGUGACUGGAUACAACAGUGCGAGGACCGUGGAGCAGGAAGUCGGGGCCACCGCGACGCCGGAAGAAGAACAGCUCCAGAAACGACCGAAGCGCCAAAGGAUGUUGCGGCGGUGGGAUGAUUGAGAGGGACGAAGGAAAAGUUGUUUCGCCGAGCUGGAUGAAUUGUUGCAUUUUGCUACAGAAGUUUAGAUAUGAUUCUGUUCGUGUUUCUGCAGAAAUAAUGAAAAAUAACUAGAAAAGUGAGCCAUCCCAUUUGGGGCCGAGAGCUACGCCAGAGAAGAGGCUAUUGAAGAUAUCAAAAGAGUGACUUUAUUGUAUGAUGAUGCAAAUAAAAACCACCCCGUUACUGACUCUGUGUAUGGACAUUCAAUGUAGCAAAUCAAUGGACACAGGUUCUUUAGCCAGACUAGGCUCAGCAUACCGGGCGACACCAGAAAGUUGCGCCGUUGCUGGCUAUUUUUGUGUACUUACUAUAGAAAAAUUGAAAGCUCAAGGACUGACAGGACAGCAAAACUUGUGUCGCAACUGCUGGUGAAGCGAAAGUGUCCGUCUUCUUGGUACCGGGUGGAACUCCAAGAAUGGGACACGAGCACGACCCGAGGUGUUAAUUUCAAUAAAUCAGCUGGCUGCCUCCCUGCCCGUUUUCUCCGCGCAAUCAGGUACCACGUCUAAAAAAGGCAGCGCUAUGUAUCCAGCUUAGCG